AAAGAGGAAGAAAUAUUGUUGACGCUGGAAACAUUUUUGAUUUUAAAACCGAAAAUAUGACUGCUACAGUUGUUAGAAAAACUGAUGUAGGUGUAAAAGAGUUUGGACACGAUGUUGAAGUUGCAGAGUUACCUCAGGCCAAACUCAUGUACUACCUCGAUAGUAUAUGCUACGCUCUUAACCUUGAUAAGUCUGAGUCGGGGAUUCGGAAACUAAGAGAUCAUAGGAGAUACAGAAGUCUAACCAGUGACGAUAUUGAUGAACUUUUGAUACUGUGCUCAUUGUUCUCACCCGACGUUUUGCUGGGCAAGUGUCUUUUCAUGGAUGACGAUAUGUGUGGAAACAGCAUGAACAAGUUUUACGAACUGAAUGCGGUGUCGAACAGACUCCUAGUUACAGAAGAAAUUAUCAUCGGUGGUCAAACUCGAAAAGUACUCAAGAUUCUUUGCUUCAGAAAGAUAUGGCUUGAGUGUUUUUACGUUGAACCGAUGGGGCAGUUCAAAGAAAGGCUUGGACGUAUUGCUGGGCGUAUUUCCGGACGACAAAGGCAAGGUCAGGGUCAACAAAGAUCUGUGCCAUCAGGUCGAGCUCAAUCGCGUCCGCAGACGGCAACCAGAUCGACACCAAGCUCGACAACGGGGACAACCAGCCCGCCGUCUUCGUCCUCUAGCCAAGGGGGGACGGAUUGUAUAAUCGUGUAAUGGUAACAUAGAACGGAUCACGGAACCAUAAGUCGACCCCAACAAUGAGGAAAAUGACAUUUUCUAUAAUUUUUCUUCUUCUCUCCUUCUUAGAUAUAUUGUUUAAGUCCAAAGACUACCCAAAUGGGACUUACAUUCGACGGCACAUUUCGAUACAGUAAUGGUAUAUAUCAUACAAAAAUGGACUUGCAUUCAGAUACUGGUGGAUGUUAUACUAAAAUGAACUUCAAUAUAGAUACCGAUGUAUAUUAUACAAAAAUGGACUUCAAUACAGAUACUGGUAUAUAUUAUACAAACAUGGACUUCAAAUCAGAUACUGCUGGCUGUAAUACAAAACUAUACAAAAAUGAAAUUCAAUGCAGAUACUGGUGGAUGUUAUACAAAAUGGACUUCAUUACACAUACUGAUACGUGUAUAUAUUAGUGUCAUAGUAUAACAAUGUAUUGAUACAAUGUUCUUACCGAUUUAUUGAUCGUUUCACCGUUACGCUUCUGUGAGUCAUAUUUGAUAUCUUGCCCAAUAUUUAUUUUUUUGUUUUUUUUUGUUUUUUGGGUUUUUUUUCCGGGUGUUUAUUAUUACUAUUAUCAUCAUCAAUAUUGUGGGGUUAUGGUAUUUAAAUCAUACGAAAUGUACAUCCUUAUAAAAGGAACGUGUACCACUUCCAAAUAUCACUUUACUGUAUUUAUGUUUCAUUUUCAUAUCGGUUCACGUGUCACACAUCAUAAACAGGAUGAAUGUUUGGUACGGUUGUCUCCCCUACUCCAGUGGCACAUUUUACAUAAUAUAUGUAUGAUAUUUGUAAACACGUAAUUAUCAUUUAGCACAUUUAUAAUUUCUUGUUUAUUAAAUCAAAUCGUUAGUAUCAAUCUAGACUUGCUUUUGCAUGGGAAGGUUAACAUACAUCGAAAAAAAAACAUAGACAGAGUGGUAAACAUAUUAUUCAGAGAAUACGUAAAUGUAAUAUAUCCUAUCACGGUCACAUAUACCCUCCCCUAUCAGCGCAUUUAUUUGAUGAUUUUGUCACUUUAGAAGUCAGAUAACCGUUCCCUAUAAGUUUAAAGUACCAACAUAUCAACUACAUGCAUAUCCUUUCAUACUCAACAACCAAAACUCUUAUUGGAGAACGAAACAAAUUACUAUCAAGUCUCCUGAACGUGCAAUAUUUUAUAAUACUCCAGUGCAAUCUAGCAUGUUUAUUCGGCAGUGUGUGAUUAUUUUUUUACAAGAGUUGACAGCAGUAUGGAGCCUGUAUAUAAUAUACUAAUACCUUAUAUUAUGCAUGUAGUAUGAAUAAGAUAUCAAACGGAUAUGUUCGACUUUAUUAAGUGCAUACUUUCAUUUUUACCUUUAUCCAUUUUUUUUAUUAUGUAAUGUAUGUUUAUGAUAUAUUUUUGUAUAUCUUCUGACCUUAUCACAAUGCUUUAAAUGCUGAAGACAGCGUUUGGGAUCUUGAUGCAAUAAAUAUAUUUAUACUACU